GAAGAAGAAGAAGAAGUGAUGAAGGAAAGGAUUUAUCGGAUUUGUUACGUCGAUUACACGGUCUUAGUCAUUUGUAAGGUGCACAUCACAGGUUGAUUGAUACGAGGAGUUCCGAGAAAUGACAUUUCAGACUUUUGUUUUUCUUUCUUCGUCGCGUAGUUUGAUCCUGGCUUCAUCAUAUGUGACAGAAUAUUGUAUAGAAAAUUAGACUAAUGAUAAUCCACGCUUGCCUGAACAUGCCUGAAAUUUGUUUUUCCUUUUUGUUAAUGAUUAAUCUUGACAUUUUGCACCAGUUUUGUUUUAUUUUAUUUUAAAGCUUUGAUCUAUGCAUUGUAUUAUAUUAUUUUAAUUAUUUUUUUACAUCCAUCAUCAUAAUGCAAGCUCCAGUUCCACCUUCCCCCAUGAAACCAGCCGUGGCCCCUUCAGUAGAGCUGGGUGUCACGGUUCUUUACACUUGUCUUUAUGGGGGUCUGUUUUUAGUCGUGUAUGUUCAGCUUUGGCUGCUGUUACUCUACCGGCAUAAGCGAUGGAGUUACCAGAGUAUUUUUCUUUUUCUUUGCCUGUUCUGGGCAGCGCUUCGCACAACGCUCUUCUCCUUUUAUUUUCGUAAUGCCCUUGCGGCCAACCAUCUGCCCACUCCAGUCUACUGGCUCCUUUACUGCUUCCCAGUGUGCUUACAGUUCUUCACUCUGAGUCUCUUCAACAUUUACUUCACUCAGGAGUUGCUCAAAGUUCGAAGCGUGUUCAGCGUUAAGCCCAGGAAAGGACUAUGGGCGGCUCGGUGGGUGUAUGCCACCAUGAGCGUCAUCUUCCUGUGUGUCAAUAUAGUAUGCGCAAGCCUCGGACAGCAUGGCGCCUCCGGUGGAGCUGGUGAAGACACUUGGAGGCUGGUUCUGGUUCGAGUGCUGGUUAAUGACCUACUGUUCAUUUUGGAAGCUGUGUGUCUGGCCACGUCUCUGCUCCUCUUAACUCGAUCCUCGCCUCCUACCACCCCUUAUCUACGCAGUAAGGGGUUUUGUCGGACUGCGGUGCUGGGGGCAGGUGUCAUCUUGCUCUUCUCUAGCAGGGCAUGCUACAAUCUUGCUGUGCUGUUUUUGUCUCAGAAUCAUAAAGUGGAGGCCUUCGACUAUGACUGGUACAACAUCUCUGAUCAGGCUGACCUUCAGAGUGAGCUUGGAGACAGAGGCUACAUUAUCUUCGGAGCUGUUCUCUUCAUUUGGGAGCUGCUUCCUACCAGCCUGCUCAUUCUCAUCUUCAGAGUUCGCCAGCCUCCUCAAGAAAAGAACUGCAGCCCAGCGAUGUGCAACACACGAGGCUCACGCUCAUAUUUCUUUGACGACCCUCGUGGAAUGGAUGGCGACACGGGUUCUCUCUGGAGUCACAGUAUCAAUCCUCAUAGCAGCUGGUUUGGAUCCAGUGAGACGACUCCACUCCUCUUCAACCGGACUCAGCAGAGCAACCAGCACCACUCUCUUUACUCCACUCCACAGACCUGACCACUAUGCAAAGCUGCAGAGAUCUUCUGUGACCUUCUCAGGCGAUAGCACAGCAUCACCUCUUCCUGUUGAGUAGCUCAAUAGGUUCAUUUGCACUAAUACUCAUCAGAAGCAUCUGUACUUCUGAAGUUGCACCUUGACUUUUUAAAGCAGACCACAAUAGACUAGAUGCUUGUGAUUAAAAAGGGACCAGUUAAAGAUUUUUCUAUAAGGAGUGAAGGAGGAGUUAUUACCACAUUUGUCUUUUCUUAAUUUAUAAGGGUAUCCUUGAAAUGUAUUAACACAUAUUUUUUAUUAUUUUGUGUGGGAUGAUGACCUUCCAUUUUUAAAUGGUGCAUAAGAAAGCAAUAAUUUUGGUACUAACCGUGUGCUGAUAUUUUGACAAUGUAUUUUAAUAAAAAAACUAAUUUAAACAGUUUCAUUUGUA